GCAGCGGUUGCAUCCACUCAGUCUUAUCCGACACCUCAUCUGCUUUUUUUUUUUUUUUAGUUUUUACUCACUUUUACGAGUGAUUAUCCAUUUGGAGACGACAAAUUGACAACUUAGCGGGACUUCACUGCAGAAACUCUCCAGAAACUUUGGAAUUUAUUUGUGUGGACUUUAUAGUCAGAGACUGAAAGUGGCGCUCAGUUAAAACUGACAACCAGGACCAAAAGCAGCGCACACCUGCAGUUCACACUCUGGAAUAAAUGCUUCCUAUUGGCUCAUUUAAAAAUUAUUGUUAAAUAUUAGGCUCUGAAAAGCAGAGUUGAUACUUUAUAUCCGCUGUGUGAUACAUCUGGUGCAUGCGCGCGCGUGUGUGCAUUUGCGGUUUCUUGGUUUUUGCUGAAGUCAGUGGGAAAGUCAAGCGCACUUUAACGCGUCUGCAUCCUGCGCGAGCUGCUGUUAUUAGAGACUGAGACGCAAAAUAAACGGUCACGGACGAGUUUUCCCACGGACUUUUCAGAACUCUUAUCAGGGUCUCGUUUGUAAAUCUGUUGUGAUGCAUAUUCCCGUAGAUCCGACCACGAGCAGACGGUUCACGCCGCCUUCCGCCUCGUUCCCGUGCGGCAAAGUGAGUGAGAGUACGAGCAUGAGCGCACCGGGUCCGCUGAGGACCGGCCGACCGGUGGAGACCCGCUCUGUGGUGGACGUGCUGGCGGACCACGCCGGAGAACUGGUGCGCACGGACAGCCCGAACUUUCUGUGCUCGGUCCUACCGUCACACUGGCGGUGCAACAAAACUCUGCCGGUGGCUUUCAAGGUGGUGGCUCUGGGUGAUGUUCCUGACGGGACUCUGGUGACGGUGAUGGCGGGAAAUGAUGAGAAUUAUUCCGCGGAACUGAGAAACGCAUCUGCCGUCAUGAAGAACCAGGUGGCGCGAUUCAACGACCUGCGCUUUGUAGGCAGAAGCGGCAGAGGAAAGAGCUUCACUCUGACCAUCACUGUAUUCACUGGACCACCCCAGGUCGCCACAUACCACCGUGCUAUUAAAGUCACCGUAGAUGGACCCCGGGAGCCAAGGCGUCACCGUGUGAAGCCAGAUGACCCUCAUAAGCAGUUCUCUGAUCGUCUCAGCGAUAUUGAGCGUUUUCAGAGGGCCAGUCUGAGGAUGAACCCUGGCAACGGGACCACCCGCCCCCACCAAUCACAUUACAGCCCCUCCAGCACCUCACAGAUACCAGGAUUAUGGCCAGAUCAGAUUGACACUCCUGCGUUGAAGAACUGCAAAGUGGAAGAUGACUUACGCUGGACAGGUACAGAUCUGUUCCAGCCGAGAACAUCAUUCCCGUCUCUGUCUCCAUUAACAGCUUCCCGAUUCUCUGAUUCACACAUGCAUUACCCGGGUCCCUUCACUUACUCCACCAACCCGUCCAGCACUGGAAUCGGAGGUCUCAGUGUGACUGGGAUGCCUGCCUCCAGCCGCUACCACACUUACCUGCCGCCCCCGUAUCCUGGCAACCAGAACCAGAACUCUCACUUCCAGACCAACUCUUCGCCGUAUCACCUGUACUACGGCACCGGAUCCGGCUCCUACCAGUUCUCCAUGGUUCCGACCGCCGGCGGUGCAGGAACCGGGGGCGAAAGGUCGCCAACUCGCAUGCUGACGUCCUGUACUGCGGCGGGAGGAGCCCCGACUGUGGGCGGGAACAACAGCCUGAUCAAUGCUAGCCUCGGUAACCAGAGCGACGGGGUGGAUGCCGACGGUAGCCAUAGCAACUCGCCCACAGCGAUGAACGCCUCAACGCGCAUAGAUGAGUCCGUCUGGAGGCCUUACUGAGAAAUAGAGCACAGAGAAACUGAGUCUUUGAAAGAGAGCACAAUUAAGAGAAGUCUUGCAUGUUUGAUCGUUUUUUGUUUUUUCACGCCGUUCUUUGGCACGUCUAUCGCUUCCAAGACAACAAAAGACAUCGAGUGACCAGAGAUGUUCACAAACAGUUGAGCUGUGAUUGCCGUCUACUCUGGAUGCUCUAUAUCAGACAGAAAUGGACCUCAAAACAGAGGAAAUAAGUUUCACAGCAUAAUAAGGUGUACAUAGAAGAGUAAAAAAUGAUCAUUAAAAACGAAGAAAGAAUAAAAGCAUCCCAUUGUAAUAUAUCGGCAACUUUUUUAUGUUACCAAAAAAAGAUGAACAACCAAAGAAACAAAAGCAAAUGAUGUACGGAGACAUUCUGAAAAAAGCCAAUUCAUCCAGCCUUAAAAACAAAUCUGCCUGAAAACUGUUAGUCCCAGAGUGCUUUUGGACCAUGAAAUGUUGCAAAGGUCGCAAACAUUUGUCAUGAAGACAGUAUGAAAGAACUCAGAGCUUCACAGAGUUGCAGGACUUUGUUGAUGUUGGCCUUAAAAGGCAGAGUGUGGGACUUUUAAUGUGUAAAUACACAACAGAUAUACUGAGAAUUCAAAGCUGUGGCCCACAGGUUUCAGGUACUUCCCAAAUGGCUGUAAUAGUCUUUAUGACGAGAUAUGAUAACAUAACAAGCCUGGGUCAGUGUGAGCUAAUGUUAUGCAAUCUCAGCAAAUUAGUAUUUCAUUGAAAGGAUUUUAGGGGGAAUAAUCUCACAAAACCCAUCAAGAGCAUUUCUGGGUCGUAUUUCACCCCGAAAUCUAAAGAAAUUAAAUUAAAUUAAGCCUGUUAUAGGACUAUUAAGAAUUUUUGCAUUAUUUCCAUAACAAUUAAGCACAUUUCCUCCCAAUUCUCAAUACCAUAAUGCAAAAAUUCUCAUUCUCAUUACUUUAUUUAAAAUAUAUAUAUAUAAAUUUAAAUUGUAACAUAUUUAUACAUCAUGGUAGUAUUUGUUGUACUGCCUAAAUGCUGAUGUAAAUACCAAAAAUAAUUAUUUAUUUAUUUUUUUUACUGUACUACAGUAAUAAAAAUCAAAUGAGAAUAAUUGGAAUUGCAAAAAAAUCUAAAUGUAAUGCAAAUUUGGGUGGAAAAUGUGCUUAAUUGUCAUAUAAAUGUUGUCAUAAAAAUGUAAUAAAAAUUAAAACAAUUGUUAUCCUAAAAAUAGGCUUUUUUUUUCUUCAUGUAAAUUAAAUUAAAAUAAACAAAGCCUGUUUUUAGGCCUAAUAAGAUUUAUUAUUAUUUUAUUUUAUUUUUUUAAUUAUUAUUAUAAUUUUCAUGGUAAUUAAGCACAUUCUCAAUACCAUAAUACAAAACAUUAUUUUAUAUAUAUAUAUAUAUGUAUUUACACAUCAUGGUAGUAUUUGUUGUACUGCCUUUAUGCUGAUGUAAAUACAAAAAACAAUACAGUAAUUACAGUAAUUUUUACUGUACUACAGUUAUAAAAAAUAAAAUGAGAAUAAUUGAAAUUGCAAAAAAAAAAACUAAAGCAUCCAUGUAUUUAAAGUAAUGAUAAUUUGGGUGGAAAAUGUGCUUAAUUGUCAUAAAAAUGUUAUCAUAAAAAAAAAUGAUAACUGGUCCUAAAAAUAGGCUUUAUUUUCUUCAUGUAAAUUAAAUAAAAUUAAAUGAAACCUAUUUUUAGGCUUUAAAAAAACAUUUUUUUUUUUUUUUUUGCAUUAUUUUCAUGGUAAUUAAGCACACACACCCCCCCCCACCCCCACCCCCACCCCCAUUGCCAUAAUGCAAGAAAAUCAAACUCUCAUUUAAUUUGGAAAAAAUAAAUAAAGAUAUCUUUAAAUUGUAACAUAUUUAUACAUCAUGGUAGUAUUUGUUAUACUGUCUUUAUGUUGAUGUAAAUAAUUUACAGUAAUAAAAAUCAAAAGAGAAUAAUUGGAAUUUCAAAGUAAAAAAUCAUAAGCAUUUACAUUAUAUUACAUAAAAUGUAUUUAUUACAUAUAUUACAUAAAAUUACAUAAAGUAUAGAAUUUGGGCAGAAAAUGUUCUUAAUUGUCAUGAAAAUAGUGUCAUAAUGUAAAAUAUUUUGUGGUCCUAAAAUUAGGCUUAAUUGUCUUUGUGCAAAAUUUAAUUUCUAAUUUUUCUUUUGAUUUUUGGGUGAUGGUUUUUGUGUGAUUCACACUUUAGCUGUGGGUUUGUCGAUUUGUAAAUCGCUUAUAUGUGGGGAAAAAAAGCAUGUCCAUACCCAGAGACAGACAACCGUUUGUGUUUUUUUUAAUUAUUUGUUUUCUUGCUUUGCGGCAAAAAUCACGAACAAUUAAUUUGUCUUUUGAACUUGUGGAGACUUGUUUUUUUUGGAAUAGUUUUUAGAGUAAUUUUUUUUUUUCUCAGUGUUGAUCGCUUUUAAUGACUUUGCAAUUUUGCUGACUAAUGUGGUUUGUUUGAACUCAUUUUUAUGGUUAGUACUUUUUAAAUUUUUUGUAUUUAUUUGAGCCAAUGAGGAUACGUUCCUAUUUUGGAUCGGGUCACAAAACAUUUCGCAUUUCUGUUUUAUUUUUACUAUGCUUUCAAUUUUCUUUGUUAAUCUUUAAUAUAAAAUUGGAAGUUGUGCUACUGUAAUAUAUUCUUUCUAAAUUAUACAAAAACAAAUUUAAUGUAAUGUCUAUGUUUUCCAAUGCAGCUUUAAUGCACUUAAACAUUUAUUUAAGAGGAUAUAUGUCCUUGUUAACCACGUAAUGUAGAUGCACCGUAUAACAUUCUUACCUGAUGGAAUUCCAGAUUAUAUUUAGUCAUAUUGCCCGAAAGGCCUCAACUCUUACUAGCCAAAGAGUCACACAAUCGCCUGUUGUUAUUGUACGUCUCGAAAGUGUGAAAAAUAUGUUGCUCUAAGCACCUACAUUAUCUGUCUAAUUUUCCUACCUUGUUCUUAGAAUGACUGAAAUCGGAGACGAUAAUUGGGCACGUUUGAAAGGGGAUCAGCCUUGAUUAUUUGAAUAACAAAACCAAGCACAAGCUCAUACAAGGAGGGUAAAGUGGGCAUGACACACACACACACAUUUGCAACGGGUGUAAGCCAAUAUUUCAGCGCAUAACCGUGAGGCUUUUCCCAUGCUCACACCUGCUGCAAUUACCUGAGGCCAGAGCACCCUAAAAGAGUGAAGGAAACAGGUAGAAAGAUAGAUGAAGAGAGAGAUAGAUCUCCUUUCACAAUCUUUGGUCAUCCUUCAGGCCUGUUAUCCAAGCAAAAGUGCCUGUGUUCAGUUUGAUUCACAGCUGCUUUGAAGCUUGUAUGGAGGCAGUUAUUUGCCUUUCCAUUGUGCCUCUCGUAUGAUUAUUCCCUAAAGCUGAAGGCAGCAUGCAGGAAAGAUGGAUUCAAAAUGCAAGAUGGUCUUACAUGCUACAUGCAGGAGUCAUUUUCCUCCUGCAAGGAUUCUCUGUAACAUGGUAUGGGAAACUGUUUGCUACUGCAAUUCUGUCUGAUGUUCAAAUGAAGAGAUGUUGAUUAUUGUCUAUCAGUGCCUCAGUUUCAAUCAAUAAAUAAACCAUUUUCUUAA